AUAUUAAUUAGUAAUGAACUAUCUCAAAGAAAUAUAAGAACAUAAACAAACACAAGGUCCUAACUAUAGGAAAAAAUCUUGAUAAUCAACUAAAACCAAUAUCUAUGAUCACAAAAACAAAAGGAAUAUAUUAUUUUUUCAUGCCGAAGCUAGGAAUUAGGAAAAAUAUAUAAACAAAAGAAAUGAUUCGUCAAAAGCGUGUAUGUUGUUCCUUCCCCCAUAAUGACCUCUUUGCCUCUCUCUCUCUCUCUCUCUCUCUCUCUCUAUGGCUCUCCAUCUCUCACUUUUUCUCUCUCUUUCUCUCCAUUCUAGUUCAUAGCACAUAGACUCAUUUAAAUACAUCGCCUGUGUUGUCUUUCUCAACCAUUAGUCCUUUGCGUCAAUAAAGGCUAAGGAAAAAAAGAAAACUCUCUUUCUUUUCUAGUUUUCAUUUUGGCUGAGAUCAAUGUCUUCGUCAUUAGAACAGUAAUCUUUCUCUUUGAUUUAAACUUUCUCUCAUUUUCCUCUCUUUUUUUGUGUCUCUGAAGAAGAUUAUAGUACAAGUGUCAUUCUCAAAAUUUUGUCUUAGGGUUUUUUAAUUUUUAAUUUUGUUACUUCAAAACUCCCCUAAAAAGACAUGAACAACAACACUUUCAGUACUCUUACCACCAUCAAUGACGACUACAUGUUAUUCCCUUAUAAUGACCAUAAUUCCUCACAGCCAUUGCUCCCUUUUAGCCCUUCUUCUUCCAUUAACGAUAUCUUGAUUCACUCCACAUCAAACAAUCAUCAUCAUCAAUUCCUACAACCUUCUCCUUUUUCUCAAUUCGAAUUUGUCCCGGAUUGUGCCCUCCUCACCACUUUCCACCCACAAAACAAUGGCCAUGAUGAUAACCAAACCAUCCCCAACGACAAUCAUCAUCCAUCACUUCACUUUCCCUUGAAUAACACCAUUGGAGACCAGCCCGCUGAGCCCUCGGAAACUAUAACCCACAUAGAAGAUUCCCAGAGAAUCUCAGACCCAAAAAUGAAAAAAGUCAAGAAACUAGGCAGAACGGACAGGCACAGCAAGAUCAAAACGGCCAAAGGGACAAGAGAUCGUAGGAUGAGACUCUCGCUAGAUGUCGCCAAAGAGUUGUUUGGCUUACAAGACAUGCUUGGAUUCGAUAAAGCCAGCAAAACCGUUGAAUGGUUGCUCACACAAGCGAAACCCGAGAUAAUAAAGAUCGCCAAAACCCUUUCUUACCAAUGCAGCUUCAGCAGCGGCGACGAGUCUCAUACCCGACCGGAGUUAAGAUCCAUGGACACAUCAUCUGAUCUAUGUGAACUUCCAUCAAUGUGGACGGUCGACGAUAGAGGCAGCAAUACUAACACGACCGAAACAAGAGGAAACAAGGUAGACGGUAGGUCAAUGAGAGGGAAGAGAAAGAGGCCAGAACCGCGAACGCCCAUUUUGAAGAAGUUGUCCAAGGACGAGAGAGCGAAAGCAAGAGAAAGAGCAAAGGAUAGAACAAUGGAGAAAAUGAUGAUGAAGAUGAAAGGAAGAUCACAAUUAGUUAAAGUUGUGGAAGAAGAAGCUCAUCAUCAUGGUGAGAUCAUGAAGAAUACUAUUAGCGAAGUGAAUCGGAAUUCUUUUGAGAUGUCACACUGCGAAGACGAGAUCGAAAAACUUUGCAAGAACGAUCGAUUUGCAGUUUGCAACGAAUUUGUCAUGAAUAAGAAAGAUCACAUUUCAAACGAAUCUUAUGACAUAGUCAACUACAAAUUGAACUCAUCAUUUCCAGUGAUUAAUCACCACCGCAGCCAAGGGGCAGCUAAUUCCAUUGAGCAGCAUCAGUUUACGGAUCUUCAUAACUCCUUGGUGGCGAAACCAGACCUCAUGUACAACUAUCAAAACAUGUAUUGAUAGUGAUUAACCAUUAAUAUCUCAAAUUAAUAAUAGUUUGGUUAGAGAUAUAUAUUAAUUAAUCUUAUGCAUGUUUAUAUGAAGGCCUUUUCUUCAUUUUAGUGUCAAAUAUUAAACCUAUGUGAAAAAAAUUAAUGCAUUUUGUAUGAUAUUUUGUUUUCAUAGUUCAAGUGGAUUCUUAACUGA